CCCCUUCGAGCACCCAGACCUUGACGGUCUUUUCUGUUUUCACUCGUUGCCUGGUGCAUUCCUUGGAUUCAACAAGCUGCCAGCGGCUCCGACACAUUCAGACACUCUUUGCUUGCUUAUUUGCUGGCUCUCGUCCCCGAUGGCGCGCUUCGUUUUCCUCUCUGUCGCUUUGCUUUCUGCAGCUGCUGCCUUGACUGGUGUCGGCGCUGCACCCAUCCGUGCCAAACGUGCUGUCACGCAGACAGCGGCCAACUUUCAGGAGCUCUCGUAUGACCAGUUCCAAAUCUCUGACGGCGUGGGCGGAGACGCUCAGACGCAGGCGAACGCCGUCUUCGUCGAUCCGUUUGCCAACACCGACCUCACCACUGUCUCAUCCGAUGUCCUCGAGGCGCUGAACAGUAUGGCUCAGGCGGCGGAGGAUGCUGAGACGGCCCAGUUCGAUCCCGAAAUUGCCGCAGCGUCCGGCGCCGCAGCUGACGCGCUCCAAGUCGGGAAAAUCAAGAAUAAGGUGCUGAAGCUUACCGGCGAGGUGCAAGUCUUGAACAUCAAGAUUGCACAAGCCAAAGCCGCGGGCAGCAGUACUUCUGAUUUGGAGAGCCAGCUGCAGGACGAACAGACGAAGCUGACCACCGACGUCGGGACCGACACAUCCAACGCCGGCAAACCGUCGCAAGGUGUGGUCGCUUCGAGCGGCGCAGAUGCCUCCAGUGCAGCUGCCUCUAGCAGUUCGACUGCGUCCAGUGCAGUUGCCUCUGGCAGUUCGACUGCAUCCAGUGCAGUUGCCUCUAGCAGUUCGACUGCGUCCAGUGCAGUUGCCUCUAGCAGUUCGACUGCGUCCAGUGCAGUUGCCUCUAGCAGUUCGACUGCAUCCAGUGCAGUUGCCUCUAGCAGUUCGGCCGCUUCCAGUGCAGCGGCCUCGAGCAGCGCGGCCGCUUCCAGUGCCGUUGCCUCUAGCACCACAGCGGCCAUCGAGGGAAGCUCCACUGCCACCGCCAAUUCCGCGGCCGCUACCAGUACCGGCGUUGUCACGCAGACAGCCGCCAAUUUUAAGCAGCUCGACUACUCGCAGUUCCAGAUCAGCGACGGCGUCGGCGGCGACGCGCAGACCCAGGCGAAUGCCGUCUUCGUUGACCCCUUCGCCAACACGGACCUUACCACCGUCUCAUCUGAUGUCAUCGAGGCGAUGAACAAUAUGCGCGAAGCAGCCGAGUCCGCAGAGACCGACGACUUCGACCCUCAGAUCGCCGCCGCGUCCGGUGCGGACGCCGAUGCGCUGCAGGUCGGCAAGAUCAAGAACAAGGUCCUGAAGCUCACGGGUGAAGUGCAGGUGCUGAACAUCAAGAUCGCGCAGGCGCAAGCCUCGGGUAGCGACACCUCGGACCUCGAGAGCCAGCUCAGCGACGAACAGACCAAGCUGACGACGGACAUAGCCACGGACAAUUCCAACGCCGGAAAGCCUUCCGAGGGUGUUGCCUAAGGUGGUCCGUGUCUUGGCGUGUCUGAUUGUGUGGGUCUUCCAGGAUAUUCCUCAGCCGUCGUUACAUUCUGUGCAGUUUUUCAAUGAAAUGGCCACCUUCGAGUCUU